AGUCAGUCGGGGAGCAAGAGCCCCGCGCAGAGGCGGCGCGGGCUCGGCCAUCGGCGCGCCGCCGCUCGGGGGCUGGGCUCGGGCUGCCAGCGGAGGGGCGGAGGGCGGGCGCGGGCGGCCGCGGCCAGGGCCGGCGCCGGCGGCCAAGUCCCGAGUAGGGGCAGAAGAGCGACUGCGGUGCCGCCGCCCGAGCCUGGGUGGAUUUGGGCUCGGCCGGCGCGCCCCGCGCUCCCUCUCGCAGCAGCGCCAGACGCCGAGCGGGGCCAGCGGCGGGGAGCCCGACGGGGACCCGCCACCCCUCGCCGCGGGAGCCCCCGGAGUUCGGACUUCUGCAACUGUUGGCACUUUUGGACGCUGGUUCCGUCGCGGCUGUUCACCCGGCUCUUCGCGCUGCCUGGCGCCGAGCCCGCGGUGGCCCCCCGCCCGGCGCUCCCCUCCGCCGCCCCGAGCGGCCCGCGCGCGCUCGGCAGCAUGAGGACUCUUGGGACCGGCCUGGCGACUUUGGCCGGACUUUUGCUAACUGCGGCCGGGGAGACGUUCUCAGGUGGUUGCCUUUUUGAUGAGCCUUAUAGCACCUGUGGGUAUAGCCAAGCUGAAGAUGAUGAUUUCAACUGGGAGCAGGUGAACACCUUGACCAAGCCGACUUCUGACCCAUGGAUGCCAUCAGGCUCUUUCAUGUUGGUGAACACAUCAGGGAGGCCUGAGGGGAAGAGAGCCCGCCUUCUCUUACCUCAACUUAAAGAAAACGAUACCCACUGCAUUGAUUUUCACUAUUUUGUAUCCAGCAAGAGUAAUUCUGCUCCCGGCUUACUCAGUGUCUAUGUGAAAGUCAAUGACGGGCCUUUGGGGAGUCCUAUCUGGAAUAUAUCUGGAGACCCAACUCGUACAUGGAACAGGGCAGAAUUGGCCAUUAGCACUUUCUGGCCUAACUUUUAUCAGGUGAUUUUUGAAGUAAUAACUUCGGGACACCAAGGCUACCUUGCUAUUGAUGAAGUCAAGGUGUUAGGACAUCCAUGUACCAGAACUCCCCACUUCCUGAGGAUUCAGAAUGUGGAAGUCAAUGCUGGCCAGUUUGCCACCUUCCAGUGCAGCGCCAUCGGCAGGCCCAUGCAAAGCGACAGGCUCUGGUUACAGGGCAUUGAUGUACGAGAUGCUCCUCUGAAGGAAAUAAAGGUGACUAAUCUACGACGGUUCAUAGCUUGGUUUAAUGUUGUGAACACGACGAAACGAGAUGCUGGAAAAUACCGCUGCAUGAUUCGCACAGAAGGAGGGGUUGGAAUAUCAAACUAUGCAGAACUGGUAGUUAAAGAACCACCUGUCCCCAUCGCCCCACCUCAGCUGGCCUCUGUGGGGGCAACCUACCUGUGGAUACAACUCAAUGCCAACUCGAUCAAUGGGGAUGGGCCCAUUGUGGCCCGAGAGGUGGAAUAUUGCACGGCAAGUGGGAGCUGGAAUGACCGGCAGCCUGUGGAUUCCACAAGUUAUAAAAUCGGGCACCUGGAUCCAGACACUGAGUAUGAGAUUAGCGUGCUCCUCACCAGGCCCGGGGAAGGGGGCACUGGUUCUCCUGGGCCAGCUCUCAGAACAAGAACAAAGUGUGCCGAUCCCAUGCGUGGCCCAAGGAAACUGGAAGUAGUAGAAGUCAAAUCUCGGCAAAUCACUAUUCGCUGGGAGCCAUUUGGAUAUAAUGUAACUCGUUGCCACAGUUACAAUCUCACUGUCCACUACUGCUACCAAGUAGGAGGUCAGGAACAAGUGCGAGAAGAAGUUAGCUGGGAUACAGAUAAUUCACACCCUCAACAUACAAUCACUAACCUGUCGCCUUAUACCAAUGUGAGUGUGAAACUCAUCCUCAUGAAUCCCGAAGGACGGAAAGAAAGUCAAGAACUUAUAGUACAGACUGAUGAAGAUUUGCCAGGCGCUGUUCCUACUGAGUCUAUCCAAGGAAGUACCUUUGAAGAGAAGAUAUUCCUUCAAUGGCGAGAACCAAUUCAAACAUAUGGUGUCAUCACUUUAUAUGAGAUCACCUACAAAGCAGUCAGUUCCUUUGACCCAGAAAUAGAUUUAUCCAAUCAAAGUGGAAGAGUUUCGAAACUGGGAAACGAAACCCAUUUUCUGUUUUUUGGACUGUAUCCGGGUACUACCUACUCCUUUACUAUCCGAGCCAGCACAGCUAAAGGUUUUGGACCUCCAGCAACAAAUCAGUUUACGACCAAAAUAUCAGCACCCUCCAUGCCAGCUUAUGAACUUGAGACACCUUUGAAUCAAACUGACAACACAGUGACAGUCAUGCUAAAACCUGCACACAGCAGAGGUGCACCUGUCAGUGUCUACCAAAUAGUUGUUGAGGAAGAACGUCCACGAAGAACUAAAAAGACAACAGAAAUCUUAAAGUGCUACCCAGUGCCAAUUCACUUCCAGAAUGCUUCGAUACUGAACUCACAGUACUACUUUGCUGCAGAAUUCCCAGCAAACAGUCUCCAAGCUGCUCAGCCCUUUACUAUUGGUGAUAAUAAGACAUACAGUGGCUACUGGAACACUCCCCUUCUCCCUCAUAAAAGCUACAGAAUUUAUUUCCAAGCUGCUAGUAGAGCCAAUGGGGAAACCAAAAUAGACUGUGUCCGAGUGGCCACAAAAGGAGCUGCCACCCCAAAACCAGUCCCAGAACCUGAGAAACAAACAGACCACACAGUUAAAAUUGCUGGAGUUAUUGCUGGCAUCUUGCUCUUCGUUAUUAUAUUUCUUGGAGUUGUGCUGGUAAUGAAGAAAAGGAAACUGGCCAAGAAGCGGAAGGAGACAAUGAGCAGCACCCGGCAAGAGAUGACUGUGAUGGUGAAUUCAAUGGAUAAGAGCUAUGCCGAGCAAGGCACAAACUGCGAUGAGGCUUUCUCCUUCAUGGACACGCACAAUCUCAACGGGAGAUCUGUGUCUUCACCAUCGUCCUUUACAAUGAAAACGAAUACACUGAGCACAUCGGUGCCUAAUUCCUAUUACCCAGAUGAAACCCACACAAUGGCCAGUGACACCAGCAGCCUGGUGCAGUCCCACACUUACAAGAAGCGAGAGCCCCCUGAUGUGCCUUACCAGACCGGGCAGCUGCAUCCCGCCAUUCGGGUGGCCGACCUGCUGCAGCACAUCACACAGAUGAAGUGUGCGGAGGGCUAUGGCUUCAAGGAGGAGUAUGAGAGUUUCUUUGAAGGGCAGUCUGCACCAUGGGACUCUGCUAAGAAAGAUGAAAACAGAAUGAAGAACAGAUAUGGGAAUAUCAUUGCGUAUGAUCAUUCCCGGGUAAGGCUGCAGACCUUAGAAGGAGACACCAACUCAGACUAUAUCAAUGGAAAUUAUAUUGAUGGUUAUCAUCGACCGAAUCAUUAUAUUGCGACACAAGGACCAAUGCAGGAGACCAUUUAUGAUUUCUGGAGGAUGGUGUGGCAUGAAAACACUGCAAGCAUAAUAAUGGUGACCAACCUCGUGGAAGUGGGGAGGGUGAAAUGCUGCAAAUACUGGCCAGAUGACACAGAGAUAUAUAAAGACAUUAAAGUUACCCUAAUAGAAACAGAACUAUUGGCAGAAUAUGUUAUAAGAACAUUUGCUGUUGAAAAGAGAGGUGUUCAUGAAAUCCGAGAGAUCAGACAGUUUCACUUCACUGGCUGGCCGGAUCACGGGGUCCCCUACCAUGCCACCGGGCUGCUGGGAUUCGUACGGCAGGUCAAAUCCAAAAGUCCACCUAACGCAGGCCCGUUGGUGGUGCACUGCAGUGCUGGUGCAGGGAGGACCGGCUGCUUCAUCGUCAUCGACAUCAUGUUGGACAUGGCAGAAAGGGAAGGGGUGGUGGACAUCUACAAUUGCGUCAGAGAGCUGCGGUCUAGGAGAGUGAACAUGGUGCAGACGGAGGAGCAAUAUGUGUUUAUCCAUGAUGCCAUCCUGGAAGCCUGUCUCUGUGGAGACACCUCUGUCCCUGCUUCCCAAGUGAGGUCUCUGUAUUAUGACAUGAACAAACUGGAUCCACAGACAAAUUCAAGCCAGAUUAAAGAGGAAUUCCGGACCCUGAACAUGGUGACGCCGACUCUGCGCGUGGAAGACUGCAGCAUCGCGCUCCUGCCCCGGAACCACGAGAAAAACCGGUGCAUGGACAUCCUGCCCCCGGACCGCUGCCUGCCCUUCCUCAUCACCAUCGACGGGGAGAGCAGCAACUACAUUAACGCCGCCCUCAUGGACAGCUAUAAACAGCCUUCAGCUUUUAUUGUCACCCAGCAUCCUUUGCCAAACACUGUCAAAGACUUCUGGAGACUGGUCCUAGACUACCACUGCACGUCUGUGGUCAUGCUGAACGAUGUGGAUCCUGCCCAGUUGUGUCCACAGUACUGGCCGGAGAACGGAGUACACAGACAUGGCCCCAUUCAAGUGGAAUUUGUUUCAGCUGAUUUAGAAGAAGACAUCAUCAGCAGGAUAUUCCGGAUUUAUAAUGCAGCCAGACCCCAAGAUGGAUAUCGGAUGGUGCAGCAAUUCCAGUUCCUGGGCUGGCCGAUGUACAGGGACACUCCUGUGUCCAAGCGCUCCUUCUUGAAGCUCAUUCGCCAAGUGGACAAGUGGCAGGAGGAAUACAAUGGUGGUGAAGGCCGCACAGUUGUGCACUGCUUGAAUGGGGGUGGCCGAAGCGGGACAUUCUGUGCCAUCAGCAUCGUCUGUGAGAUGCUCCGGCACCAAAGGACAGUGGACGUCUUCCACGCUGUGAAGACACUGAGGAACAACAAGCCCAACAUGGUGGACCUCCUGGAUCAGUACAAGUUCUGCUAUGAGGUGGCCCUGGAGUACUUGAACUCUGGCUGACAGCUCGGCAAACAAACCCUUUCAUCUCACAAAGCCAAGAUGUUCCGCGGUAUUUGUGUAGAUGAGAUGAAGACUUAUCAAUAUGCUUAUUUUGCUUUGCAUAAUUGGCUCUUUUUAAGAGCCCAAAAAGUGUUUAUAAAACUGCUUGCACUGCCCAAUUCCCAGUGAUGCUGCAGCCCGACAGAAACACACAGCAGACAGUCUCAAUACUGCACUCCCGGCACUGGCUUGUUAGAGCAGCAUAGACAUCUGGUCAACUGAAGAGCACAAUUAUAUUCUUAUGAAGGAAUUUGUACCUUUGGGGUAUUAUUUUGUGGCCCGUGAACCUUUGUUAUUGUUAAAGCUGAGUGUACAUUUUUGUUCUGUGGAGAAUGCUACCUGGCAUUAUGAUAAUAUAUUAUUUUAGUUAAUAUUUGUACUUUAACAUGUUGCAUAAUAUAAGUUUAUGUAGCUUUCCAAGACUAACAGAUAAACAUAUAAUGAACAAAGAUAUGUUGUAUGAGUUCUUGUUUCUAUCAGAUUUGUAUUGUUUCAAGGGAAAAGCUUGGGAGGAAUUCAGUUCAAAAAUGCAAAGCCUAAUGAUUCAAUUCACAGAUCCAAAGCUUUUCCAUUUGUUUAUAUUGUAAAUAUUUUUGAUUUCAUCAAAUUAUUUAUUCAUUAAAAGAAAUUUUUGUGAAGCACAGUGAGUGACAAUCAUUUUUAUUAAACCCUGGAAAUUAUGUACUGUAUGAUGUUACCUUGUGUGAAUUCUCAACUCAAUAAAUAAAGACCCGUG